CAGCUUCAGACAAGAGAGGGCGUAUUUUCACAAUACCAAGAUGGGGGGCAACGCAAGCAAAGAGGAAGGACCUAGAUUGGACAACAUAUCUCGCUUCUUGCAGGAAAAACGCACGUGAUACUCCUCGAAUCGGGUCAAAAGCCUGACAACAGAAACGCUGUGUAUACCAUUUGCGAAGCGGCAGGCAAAAUGAUACUUUCCCCGAUGAACAGGGUGAACUUGGACAGGGACUGCAUCUUGGAAGCGUGCAAGGACCCUGAUCAAGACUGGACUGUGCGCUUCAAGAGCCCUUUCCUCCAGUCCGAUGCUUGGUGGCUGGCCCCCCGCAAUGGCCAACUUGUCUUUUGUGAUUCGGACUCUGAGGAGACAAAGUGGACCGUCGAAGGGGAUAACUUUGGGGACUGUCAACUCAAAAGCAUCUGUGGAAACUGGUCGGCUACGGUGCGCUUUCUCUUCAUGGCGUCAGAAUGGUUUGAUCCGGCCAAUUUCCCGCUGUCUGAAGGCGGGCCUUAUAAGCUGCAAAGCACAGCUUUGGCGGGGCUUCAGGAGCCGGUUCGCAAGAGAGUCAUACACGAGUUCCCGGAUCCGCCUGACCCUCAGAAACCAAGAGAGCCGCUGCGGGACGAAGAACAGAAAGUAGUCGACGCCGCCGUGAGACUUAACGACUACUUCCUACGGAUGGAUGUCGCAAAGGAAGCGCACACAGGGGCGGAUAUGGCACGGCACUUCAGGAAAGUCGGAAAAGAGGUAGAGAGAGCUAGCAGAAGGCUUCCCAAAGAGGCGGCUUGAAAAGGGUAGAGGACGCCGUGCUUGAGCUAGACCGCCGUCUACAGGGCAUCCCACUCGACCCACAUUUGCAGGUCGUGGUUCCGCUGAGCAGCAGAGACCUUGUUCCGAAGGGUCGGUCGGAUUACAAAGCUUUUGUGGAGGGGUUCAUGAUGGGCCUGACGAUGUGGCUUCUCGAGUGAGGGGUAGCGUCCUUUGAGGGUCCUCUGCAGUCUGUUUGCUUUGAAUCGGGCUUGCUUGUUGUACAUGGGGCUCGUAGUGCGCGCAAGCUUGCACAGCAUCCGGUAGAGGGAGAUAAGAUCCUUGAUGCAUUGGAAGGAGCAUUGAGAAAGGCAGCUUUAGCUUGCGAGUCGAUAGUUUAAAUAACUCAAUCAGAGUGCGGUACGACUAGGGACAUAAGGAUCCUCCAGGUACUGUGACACUGUUCUUAAAUGCAUUGUCAAUGUUUGCG